UGAUUUUCCGCACACAUUUUGCAGCACUUUUAUAAAAACAAGAAACGUAAACAUAGGACGCAAUGAGUGCCGGAAAGGAGUUAAAAGCCCUUCUUAAGGACAUCCGGGAGACUAUCAAGCUGGGCAAGCAUGCCGAAGCCAUACCAAAGUGUCAGCGCCUGCUGAAAGAGGAUCCGAAGAAUGCAAUGGGUUACUUGUUGCUAGGAGCUGCCUUUCAGAACCUGGACAAAGCUGAGGCGGCCAAGAACCUACGCAAGUGCAUCGAGUACACGGAAGGACCGCCCACUGCGGCCCUCCUGGGAUUGGCUAACUGCGCGCCCAGCGGCGAGCUACCGGAGAUCUAUGAUCAGCUGGCGGAUCUGCAACCGGAGCAAUCCUUGGUCUUUCUGGAGAAGCUAUUUAUCCUGGCCUCCGAUGCUAGUGUGGCCCCCACUUGCUUUGCUGCGCUGAAGAAGAGAUCUCAGAACAAAGAAGAUCAGAAUUAUGCCAAAAUUCAGGAAUAUCUGGGCCGCAUUUGGUUCGCAAAUGAUUUCGAAAUCAAAGCAGAGGAUAAGGAACUUUACAAGGCAACGAUGGAAGCUUUGCUGGUUAGUUCUGAUCUAAAUGGUCAGAGUGUCGUCUACAAGCGCUACUUGAAAUGGCUGUAUAAGGAAAAAGAUUACACGUCAUGUGUCCGUCACGCUAGUAACAUGACCGCAUCGCAUCCCAAGGACGUCUAUGGCUACGAGUGGAUAUGCAAGACUUAUUGCGAAAACCACGACCAGCCAAACAGGGCCCUUUGGCAGCCGGAACUGAAGUAUCCCAUUCAGGUGUAUGCCGAGCAAUUGCUGGAACUGAAUCCAAACUCUAAUUUGGCUCUUCUCAUCCGGGCUAUGAAUCUAUUUGCUGAGGGGCAAUUCGUCUCAGCCAGACAAUUGGUGCUGCAAGCCCAGCAAAGUCACCCCACUUAUAAGGAGACACUAGAGUUGCUGGCACGUAUUCACAUGGAGCUGGGCGCCUAUAAAUUGGCCGCGCAGCUUUGGCAGCAACUUGGACGGGAGCACGAAGCUUAUGCCGAGUGUUUAUCCCAUGAAAAAGAGCCCGCCAAACUAAGCGAAGCGGUCAGGAUCCUGGAAACACUUGAUAAAUCCGAAGGAAAUGUUAAAACUUUGGCUCGUUGCUACUUUAAACUUGGUGACCAGCUGUUGCUAAAGGAUUUACCCUUGGAUGAAGUCUCCAAGGCGGAAUUCAUUUUAUCCCCCACCGAGGCUGUUCAGGCAAUUGGCAGCCACGAGUCCUUUGACGCCCUUUUACUCUGUGGUAAGCUGCAUAUGAUGUUGAAGAACUACACAGAUGCCCUGAACAGCAUACUGAAGGCUACUCGACUGCGCCCUCACUUUGCUGAAUGCUUCGAUUAUCUGGGCAGGCUGUAUCCGCUGGCCACAGGCGACUUGGCCCGAGCUCGAAAGUGCUACGAGAAGUGCAUUAGCCUUAACGCCCUAGCUGAGGAGGCGGUGGAUGCUUUGAGCUUUAUCUAUCAGGAAAUGGGCGAGGAGGAGUUGAACGAAACGUUGCUGCUGAACACGCUGCGGCACCUAAGCAACGACGAAUCCAUCCGUCUGCAGUAUAAGCUGGGACUGCACUUCCUACAAGUGAAGAAAUGGGAUAAUGCAAUCCAAUGCUUUCGCCUUGCCAUCAAGCACGACUCUCGGUGCAUGGUCUACUGGGAAUCACUGGGUGAUGCCUAUGCAGCGCGUGGUUCUUACAACUCGGCCAUUCGGGUGUUUCAAAAGAUCCUCGAACUGUCCGCGGACAACAGUUAUGCCCUUCUUCAGAUAGCCUCCAUCAAAACGACCAUUCGCAUGUAUACCGAGGCCAUUGAGGACUUCGACACGCUUUUGAAUAUCAAUCCUAACUAUCUGCCGGGUCUAAGAGGCGCCGCUGAAGCGCAUAUGGGUAUGGCCAACAGUCUAAAAACCCAGAACCUGUACGGUCGGGCCAAGCAGCAUUUUCAGUUGGCAGUGGUACAUCUUCAAAGCGCCUUCAUCCUGCCGGAGGCUCAGGGCAUGGUCUGGCUGUGGCGUCUCACGGCCAACGUGUUCGUUCAGACUGCCCAAUUACCUUUAUCCUUGGCCAACUUGGAUGUGGCCGGCACUCUGGCCAAGCGUGAGGAAUCUAUUGCUUAUCUCUCGCGGAAAGACCUCCUACUGCUGGCCCAGCGAUUCUAUUUGUGCGCCUUGAAGUUAAAGCAGAACACCUAUUUGUGGUACGAGUUGGCGCUAGCCUGUUACUACAGUGCCAUCUUCAUUCCCGAGGAGGCCAAGAGCCAUUUGGAGACAGCUGAGAAAGUUUGCAAGAUGGCCAUCAAGGAGCAAGGUAAUAGGUGGCAAAAUUGGAAUCUCCUUGGUGUUAUCAACAUGCAUGCAGAGCACGAAAAUAUGCCGCAAGCCCAGCACUGUUUCAUCCAGGCGGUAGAGCUGGAAAGGAAAUGUUACACUGCUUGGACCAAUCUAGGGGUGCUGUACGUAAAGUUGGGCGAAGUAAGAUUGGCCAACGAGGCUUUUACCAGGGCUCAACAGUCCAGUCCCAUAUACGCCAAUGCUUGGAUAGGCCAGGCCAUGGUUGCGGAAACAAUUGGCGAUCGGGAGGAGGCUUUCGACCUGUUCCGGCAUUGCCAGCAAUUUGAGUACCACCCUGAGGCGGCGCUCGGAUUCGCUCACUGGGUUUGCGAGGUUCUCUCGGAUCCAGACUCGCAGACCAAGCCGCACAUCAAGCACGCCAUCGAGCACAUGUACGCGGACGUUUACGCACUGGACGCAAUCAACUGGUACGUGCAAAACGAGGAGGCGGAUGCUAGCAUAGCAUCACUUACGUUCCAAGGAUUUCUGUGCGCCCGCCAAAAGCUGUACGUUCAAGCAAUUGAGGCCUUUACCCGUGCCUGCAAACUGUGCGAGCCUGGAGAGGAUCGGGAUAAGCUGUAUACCAAUCUGGGUUACCUGUAUCUGAAGCUCGAGCAGCCGGAUCAGGCAGUGAACGCCCUAAACACAGUGGCCCACGCUACAUUCAAGCCGAUAAUUGGCCUAGCCCAGGCAUACUACCGAUCCGGCCAACUGCAGGAGUCUUACUCGAUCUACAACACAGUGCUCGGCAACGUGGUUGGUCAAGAUGAUGAAAAGGCAGCCACCAUCCUGGUGGCCAUGGCCUCGAUGAUUUACGCAUUCCAGGGCGAGGCGGACACCAAGACCCUGCUCUACCAAUGUGUUCUGCUUAAGGGAGUGCCCAUCCAGGCGUUGUACUCAUCAUACGCCCUGGGCAUAUUACACCGGGACAAUGAAUUAAGCCAGACGAUCAUGUCGGAGCUAAGUGCGUACGCUUUCAAGAAAGAGUAUUGUGCGGAUGUGUCCUAUUUGACCGCUCACUACAUCUUAAUAAAUGAGGGAGCUCGAAAGGCAUUGACUUAUCUACAGACCCGUGUCCGCAUGUUUCCCCAUUCUUCGGGUCUCCGCAAGGUAUUCCUCAAGUUUCUCCUUGACCAUUUCGUCGAGGAUCAGUUCUACCAAGUUGCAACCUCAAAUGCUGCUCUAAUGGCGCUCAAGCUGCGCCACACAAAACUGCAAAAUUGCAUUACAGCCAGUGAGGAGGCAGAGACUACCAUCUAUGCCAGCCAGGCUGUUAGUUCAGUGGACAAGACCUGUUCUAUAAAGUUGCUGCAGCGCGCCAUCCGAUUGAAUCCAAUAGACAAGAAAGCCAGACAACUACUUUCCUCCAUUUCUGUCCAUUAAAUGUAAAAAGUUCU